AUGGGGUUGGUGUUCUCAUACGGACACACGUUGGACGGUGCGUUGGGGCUCGGCUAUGAAUUGAGCGGCUACGUAGCUCAGCCUUCUUUGGUGGACUACUUCUUCGACAAUCUAAUCGUUGUGCAGGACAUCUCUUGUGGUGGAGACCAAUUAGUUGGAGCACAUUCUGCAGCUGUCAGUCAAGAUGGAGAGCUGUAUACGUGGGGAGUGGGGAUCGCUUUGGGAAGAGGGACACUCAGGAGUGCGUCAACACCUCAACGAAUAACCUUACCAUCAGUGGAGACCAAUGUGAAUGGAGCCACGUCGACCGUCGGCUCCGUCUCUUGCGGUAGUGGGUUUUGUGUCGCUCUAACACGUGAAGGACACGCCUUCUCAUGGGGAAAAUGGAGCGACGGGCGUCUUGGACUCGGACGGAUUCCAAUUAUCGCUCGGACAUCUCGACGGCAUGGAGGUGGAGCUGUAAGGAAGCAGUUCCAGUCAUUUCAAUUGACACCGAGGCAGAUUCAGAGUAUUCACACGGGUCAAGUGAACUCUGCACGUCACGAAGAUCCUUUGCUCUCGAAGGUAUCCUGUGGAGAUGCCCAUUGUGUUGGUCUUACUAGAGCUGGUACUCUUGUUACUUGGGGAAGAGGUAACAGCGGCCAACAGGGUCGAGGCGAUGUCAGUGACGCUCUUACCCCCACAGCAGUGUUUAAAGAAUACGUGCACAAACAGUGGCGUGAUGUUGCGGCUGGUGAGAAUUGGAGUAUGGGGCUUUCAGUCGACGGACAAGUGUGGACGUGGGGUGCGUGUGGUGGCGCGGUGCUCGGUCACGGACUGUACGGCAGCCAGAAGAAUGCUCUAUUAGCUGAAACGAUCCUCCAACGCCAUCAGCGGCUUCUCUCACAGCGCAAAAAGUCAUCAAUGGCGUCUUCAUCAUGCCCUCGAUUACCGCAACUGAAGUGGAUGACUCCCCAGAGGAUGCCGUGCUUUGCCACGCCCGAUAUGCGCAUUUGUUGGGUCAGUGCAGGAGCUCAACAUGCCGCAGCUAUCUCAGACACCGGAGACCUCUACAUGUGGGGCGAAGGAUACGCUGACGACUCAGACAGUCUGGUUCUUUCCAGUCUACCGAAGCUUGUGAACUCCGGUCAAGUUGGUACGAAUGCUGGAGCCUCUGCUGAUAUUGGAACUCACAGCGUCGAGCACGUGGUGUGUGGUGGUCGCCAGACUAUCGCCCUCACUUCAGGCAGUUUUCUGGCACGGUCUAUGGCCAAGUUGCAUCGUGACUCCAUCGCACAAGAAGAGAAUAAUGGUAUCGCUAGUGCUGAUCUCAUUUUAGUCGUCUCGGGGCAACGUCUCCCAGCUCACAAGCUACUGCUCGCUCAGCGAAGUCCUGUGUUGCGCGAGCUCAUUCUAAACGAAGAACAGCAACAGCAACAUCGCCUCGCAGCGACUGAGUCAGUGUCUGAGACGAUGGAGCUGUUGCUUCCGACGUUGCGAGUGGACGUGGCUCGACUAGUAUUGGAGUUUAUCUACACGGACAGCUUUGCUCUCGAAGUGAGCAAGAGUUCGUAUUACCUUAUUCACGACGUGCUACGAGCGGCGAAACUCUACAAACUUCCCAGUCUGGUGCUGCUUUGUCGUGAGCGUCUUUUCUCGUCAUCGUCUCUCUUUGGUACAUCAAAGAUUGCUGAAGACGAGAUGAGUGAUAGUAACAGUGAAGAUGACGACGAGAUGGAGACGCUAAGCGGAUCUACACGAACGCUAAACGACGACAUGAAGUUCGCUUUGAGUGACGAAGUAUGGGCCGACAUAGUGCUUAUAGCUGAAGGACGCAGCAUUCCUGUACAUCGCUGCAUGCUGAUUGCUCGAAGCGAGUACUUCCGAGCUGUAUUAGCGUUCCACCACCUUGCAGAGAGUGCAAAUAACGAGAGAAAAAUGGCAGUUGUGAACGUGGAAGACUCAUACGCUGCGAUUGUGCGAGUGCUUCGCUUCAUUUACUACGACCAGGUCGCGCUACAGCAGUUGAAGAGGAACGAAGAGACCGAUGCAGAUGUAAGUGAUCAACUCCUGGAAGAUCUCGUGGCAGCGGACAAGUACGGAUUGGAGCGAAUGAAGCGUUUGUGCGAGCACGCGAUUGCUCUGAACACAGCCAACUGCCUUGAAGUCCUGAUCGUUGCCGAGUUGGUACAUGCCGCACAUCUGAAGCAGGUGGCCAUGCGAUACAUACAGACAAAUCUCUCAGACGUGACAGCUCGGCGAGAAGAAUUUCAACGUUUCCAGGAAGAUUUUCCUCAAUUACUAGAAGAACUUUACACCAGUCUCCGUGAUGCAAGUCGAGACGAAUAUUUACUCAGAUGGGGACCAGCUUGGCUGCCCAGCGUGAAGAACAAGAGCUACAAUGGGGCAAAAAGUCAGAUACAGCAACGUUCCCAUGGGUGCCACUGA